AUGGGAUCAAAGAAGCAUAAAAAGCACAAGUCUGAGCGUCGUGAUCGAUACGAGGAAUACAGUAUGGAUCGCCCCAGCAGUCUGAAAUUGAUACUCAAAGUAGGCGGCAGCAAUUCCACUCCUGAGUACGGGAACGAUUCUCCUGCGUUCAUGCCUGACCCGGAGACCGGCAAUCCCUCAUUCAUCGAUGACUACCCUGACAAGCCGAAGAAGUCGAAAAAGAAGAAAAAGAAAAAGGAUCGCGAGAAGAAGCACAAACACCACAAAGAAAAACGCCACCGUCACCGAGAAGACUCCAGCCAGGAGGAAAUGAGUUACGGCGAAGAGAAUUCGCAUCAAAUGCAAGAAAACAUUCUUCGAUAUUCAGGCAUAACAACCGAACACAGUCCAGCAUGUCGUCCAGUCACGAAACCCAUGAUCCCCAUGAAAAUCGAGGAGCCAGAACGCUCACCGUCCCUCAGUCCGGUGAAAAGUAUUACAGAUUCAGUGCCUCCGCAAAUUCUCAUUCCUAGUCCUGGAGGCGCUUCGACUCUAGGAACGGCGUCAACUCCAGGCAGCACUGCCGCACUUACUCCUAGAGCUCUCGAGGCUCCGAAGACGCCAAGCUCGUCAAGCGAAUCAGGUCGCGAGCCACGGAGCUGCGUCAUAAAAAUGAAACAGAGUCGGUCGCCGUUGUCCAAGCUGCUCGACUAUCUUCUACGCUCCUUAGAAAAGCGCGACCCUCAUCAAUUCUUUGCGUGGCCUGUCACUGACGACAUCGCCCCCGGAUACUCCACAAUCAUCACGAAACCAAUGGAUUUCUCGACAAUGCGGCAGAAGAUCGACGACAAUGAAUACACAACACUUCAGGAGUUCGCCGACGAUUUUCGGCUCAUGUGCGAGAAUGCGAUUCGCUACAAUCAUGUGGAGACUGUUUACCACAAGGCGGCAAAACGGCUUUUGCACGUUGGCGGAAAGUUACUGCAACCCGAACAUUUGAUGAGGAGCCUGAAACCGCAGCCCGGAUACAUGCGAGAAUUGACUUCUAAAGAGCUUGGAUUUGAUCCGCGGUUCUAUCAAGACGUGCAUAUGAUGGACUCCGCCGAUGAAGGAGCUUCAACGGGUGCUGAAGAGCCAACAGCGGCCCAGUUGGAAGAGGAGGAGAAACGCAAGGCAUUGAGGAUCGAAAACGAACCAAAAUCGCGCUUCGAGGCCUAUGUGGAUGAUCUCACUGCCGAAGAAGUCUUAGCACAAGUUCAGAGUGCAGCACAAGCUGCAAAAAAGAAAUUAUCGGCUCACAGAAGAGCGCAUGACAUGGGAUUCCUUCGACAAAACAAAGAUGGGACAACGUCCAUGAAAAUUCUUUUACAUGAUGAAAAUGAUGGCCGCGAGAGGGUUGUUACUCUUGGAAAUUUCAUUGGAAAACUCCAGGAAGGUUCAGGACAGUUGCAGGGAUUCCGAGAGGAUCGAAGGAAUUCAGCGAAAAUCGUUAAACCAUUGAAUUAUGGAGCGUUUUCAUCGUUUGCGCCAACAUUUGACUCGAGGUUCUCGAAUUUGAGUAGGGAAGAAACGGAACUAGUGCUACAUACGUACGGUGACGAAGUCGGCGCUGAAUACACUGAAAGCAUUAUGGACUUCACAAAAGACAGUUCCUAUGCUUCCAUUCUAGCGGGUCGACUGUUGGAUUAUCUAACGAACGGAGAACACCGGAAAACCAUGGCCACCAUCUGCGAAUCACAAUAUCAACGUUACGAACAAUCUGAGUUGGAAAAAGCUUUCCCUGACCCUAAGACAAGUGAGGAGGCCGAAUAUGAGAAAUAUAAAAAUGUGAAAAUCGAUUUCGUCAAACUCCGUACACUUUCAAAUCUUGGAAUCGAUGUAUCGUUUCUGGGUGAAAUGGAGCAAGGAAUGAAAUCGUUCAACCAAACGAAGAAACUACAGGAACAGCUCAUAGCCAACUUGGCGUUAAUUGAAAAGCUUCAUAGUUCGCAACAUGAUCGACUCUCGCAGCCUCUGCCACCGCAUUUAUCGAAUGUCGUUCCUGCUGGCCCCGAGGAACAUUUGUUAGCGUCGCAAAUAACUGCAAACUUGACUGAAAUUGCUAAGAAGCUUCCACCUAGUGCGAUAUCCAAUCCGCAUGGAUUGAGGAAAGCAAUGGGAAUGUCAAAUGUUGGGCUCCCACCGCUUCCACAACGGCAGAUGAUUGUCCCAGACAUUCUUCAGGAAACUUGCACACCGAUAUCGAUCUCAUCCAAUACAACCGAGGUCCCAAUGGACAUUGAAACUGAUUCGAACGUCAAUCAGAAUAACUCUUCCUCAGUCGAUUUGGAAAGUGAGCUACGAGAGUUUCUAGAAAAUGGGGGCGAAGGGAUGACUUCCUCACAUCCCGAUGAUAAUAGUAUUGAGCAAAUGUUGCUUAAUUGAUGAUGAAUGGACUCGAAUUUGUUUCUGUUCUGAACAUUUUAUAUCGACGCCAAUUGAUAGAGUUUUAUUGUUUAUGCCAAGCA